AUGGCUGCCAUUCACGCCCUCAACCCCAAGGCUGAGAUCGCCCGACACUCGCAGGCGUUGGCCGUCAAUAUUAGCGGCGCUAAAGGUCUUCAGGAAGUGUUGAGAACCAAUUUGGGACCAAAAGGGACGAUGAAAAUGCUUGUCAGCGGCGGUGGAGAUAUUAAGAUCACCAAAGAUGGCAAUGUAUUGCUCCACGAAAUGCAAAUACAACACCCGACGGCUUCACUCAUAGCGAAGGCGUCGACCGCACAGAAUGACGAGACCGGCGACGGAACCACUUCUACAGUGCUUCUCAUUGGAGAGCUCUUAACACAAGCGGAUCGCCAUAUCAGUGAAGGAUUACAUCCGCGAAUAGUCGCCGAUGGAUAUGAUUUGUCCCGAAAGAAGGCUUUGGAAGUGUUAAACGCUAUGAAAGUGGAGAAUAAGGGCAUCGAUCGCAAUACUUUGAUUAAUGUGGCGAAGACUUCGUUGCAAACAAAAGUGAACAACAAAUUGGCCAAUCAUUUGACUGAUAUCUGUGUGGACGCCGUUCUCGCCAUCAGACAAGAGGGCAAACCUAUUGAUCUGUUUAUGGUUGAGAUCCAAGAGAUGCAACACAAGUCGAUUGAAGAUACGAGUCUAGUGAAGGGUCUGGUCUUAGAUCACGGGGCGAGACAUCCAGACAUGAAGAGACACGUGAAAAAUGCUUUCAUUCUGUCGUGUAAUGUGUCUCUUGAAUACGAAAAGACUACAGUUCACUCGGGAUUCUUCUAUAAAACGGCCGAAGAGAGGGAACGUCUGGUCGGAGCCGAACGCAAGUUUAUCGACGACAGAGUGAACAAAAUCAUUGAAUUGAAGAACAAAGUGUGCGGCGAUGACAAGGAGAAGGGCUUUGUGGUGAUCAACCAGCAGGGAAUCGAUCCCAUCUCUCUGGAUAUGUUGGCGCGCGAGGGUAUUGUUGCCCUCCGACGGGCCAAACGCCGCAAUAUGGAGCGCCUGACACUCGCCUGCGGAGGCUUUCCCAUGAAUUCGUUGGACGAUUUGAACGCCGAGUGUCUGGGAUAUGCGGGUCAGGUCUAUGAGCACACACUCGGAGAGGAGAGAUAUACGUUUGUGGAGGACCUGAAGAACCCGUUGUCGGUCACAAUUCUGAUCAAAGGUCCGAAUAAGCACUCUAUCAUUCAGGCCAAGGAUGCCAUUUAUGACGGACUCCGAGCCAUCAAGAAUGCAAUUGAAGACAAGUGUGUGGUUCCGGGCGCCGGCGCUUUCGAAAUAGCCCUCCACUCAGCGCUCGUCAGCUAUAAGAAUGAAGUGAAAGGAAAGGCACAGUUAGGAGUCCAGGCGUUCGCCGAUGCGCUGCUCAUUAUACCCAAAACGUUGGCCUUUAAUGCGGGCUUUGAUCAGCAGGACGUCAUCAUUAAGUUAUUGCAAGAAUACAACUCAACUAAACAACCCGUCGGCGUCGACCUCAACACUGGAGAGGCCAUCAAUCCAUUAGAUGUGGGAAUUCUGGACAACUUCAAAGUGAAGAAACAACUCAUUAACUCCUGUACGACAAUCGCUUGCAAUCUGUUAUUAGUGGAUGAGAUUAUGAGAGCGGGUCUGACAUCACUUAAGGGCGACAAAAUCUAAAAUCAUUUUUGUAAUUAAUUAAAUUAAACGGAAACUAAUUUUUUUAAUAAUUUGUUUAAUUAAUUAUCAAUAUUUACAUUUAAACACAAGAAAAGUACACAUUUUUUGUGAGCGAUUUUAUCAAUUAAAAAAUCCAAAACCUGAUAAGAGUUAACCGAUUGCACCGUUCGAAACAUAUUUAUAAUGUUUUUCUUAAUUGUUUUUAAUUAAAUAAAAGUUAACAAUAAAAAGGAGAAAUAAAUUUGAAAUGAAUUUACAC